UGCCGAGGCGACGAUGGCGGAGGGGCCGGAGGAAGCCCGAGGCCGCCCGCCCGGGCAGGACAACGGCGGAGGGGACCCCGAGCCCGUCCCUUCCCCAGGAGGCCCCCGCACCGCCGCCGCCGCCCCACGGCCCCGGGACGGGCCGCAGGCCGAGCCCCAGGCCCCGGGCCGGCCCCCAGCCCCGGGCCUCGCGCCCACUGCGGCCGCCGCGGGGGACUCGGAGCCGCCGCUCGAGCAGGGGAAGCGCGGGGAGGCGGCCUCCGACCCCGGCGCGGCGCGGGAGAGGCCGGCGCGGCUGAGCGCCCGCGAGUACUCGCGGCAGGUGCACGAGUGGCUGUGGCAGUCCUACUGCGGCUACCUCACCUGGCACGGCGGCCUGGCCGCCCUCCCCGCGCAGUGCGGCCCCCAGGCCGCCCAGCUGGCCUACUACAGCCCCUUCUUCUUCCUGGGCGCCGCGGCCGCCGGGCCCCACCCGGGGGCGGCCCCCGGCGCCUCCGCCCCGGCUCCAGGCGCGGGCCUGGGACCCCGGGCUCCUCAGGGGCAGGGGUCCGUUCGGGCAGCCCCGGCGACGAGAGCAGGACCCGCCGCGCCUUCGCGAGCCCCGAGCGAGAUCGGGCGGCAGGCAGGCAGAGAGUAUGUUAUUCCAUCUUUGGCCCACAGAUUUAUGGCAGAGAUGGUGGAUUUCUUUAUUCUCUUCUUUAUAAAAGCAACCAUUGUCUUAAGCAUUAUGCACCUCAGUGGAAUAAAGGAUAUCUCUAAGUUUGCUAUGCAUUAUAUAAUAGAAGAAAUAGAUGAAGACACAUCAAUGGAAGACUUGCAGAAAAUGAUGGUUGUGGCUCUUAUAUACAGAUUAUUGGUUUGUUUCUAUGAGAUAAUUUGUAUCUGGGGAGCCGGUGGAGCGACGCCGGGGAAGUUCCUGCUGGGGCUUCGGGUUGUGACAUGUGAUACGUCGGUGCUCAUUGCGCCAAGUCGGGUUUUGGUGAUUCCUUCCUCAAACGUUAGCAUCACCACGUCCACUAUACGUGCUCUGAUCAAGAAUUUUUCUAUUGCUUCUUUUUUCCCUGCUUUCAUCACACUGCUGUUCUUUCAGCAUAAUCGAACAGCGUAUGACAUUGUAGCAGGAACCAUUGUGGUAAAAAGAAAUGGGGUCAGAUGAUGUCCAGAAAAGCCCUGAAUUCCAUACUCUCUGGAAUAAAGACAAGACUAAAUUAUCAAGGCCAUCAGUAUCCCUGGGUUACAUUAACUAAUGAUUUAGGAAUUAAAGCAGUUGCUCCAGUGAUGAAGGUAACUAUUCUGAAAGUAUUGAGUUUACUUGAAUGCCAAAGAACUUUUGCAGAAGAAAAAUCUGUUAAAUUCAAGUGUUAAAAUUUUUAGAUCGAAAAGAAGGCAAGUGGUUUCAUAAUCAACAAUGGACAAUAUAUACUUUCCCAAGAAUUAAGACGUUAGAAUUUGCCAAAAGUAUUUUCAGCUUUGGAAUUUACAAAUGAAACCUUAUUUUGGUUUAUCCCAAAAUGAUGGAAAAUGUCCAAUUGUGUUUUGUAAACACAUUAUUCAUUUCCUCGGAAAUUGUUCUUUGCUUUUUGCAGGGAGGGAGGGGGAGACAAAUUUGCUAAUCCAUUUUCCUCCUGUCCCAGGAGGUAGUGAGUGAGCUACAGAGAGAAAGGGGCCAGUGAAGGUGGCCUAGCAGUUCCCUUCCCUGAAGUUUUAACACCUGUACUGCAGGAAUGUGACUUUAGAACUACUCUUAAUGCUUAAACAUGUACUGUGGGACAAGUUUUGCAUGAUAAAAAGUAUUAAGUCAUAUUGCUAUAUUAUCAUUGAUUUUUUU